ACCCUAAACCGAAAUUGAAAACACGAAAACACUGCAAAACACUUUUUGUAGGCGUAACGAGUUUAUUUACAAUAAUUUUGUUUGUCUCGAGUAAAUAUUAAUUACUAUUCACAAUUGGAUUAUCAUGACGGAAGAAAACAUAACAGUGAGUGAUAACUCAGAUCUGGAAGAUAAUACACAGGAGCUUCGUGGCUAUUUGAGUAAAUGGACUAACUACAUUCAUGGUUGGCAAGAUAGAUUUAUAGUUUUGAAAGAUUCUACUUUAUCCUACUACAAAAGCGAGCUAGAAAGUAAUCUUGGUUGUCGCGGGGCCUUAUGUUUGAAGAAAGCCAAAGUCAAGCCACAUGAAUUUGAUGACUGCAGGUUUGAUGUGUCUGUGAAUGAUUGUGUUUGGUACCUAAGAGCCGCUAAUCCAGAAGAGAAGCAGCAGUGGAUUGAUGUUCUUGAGUCAUUUAAAGCAGAAUCAGGUUAUGGAACAAGUUCGGACAGCAGCACAAAUGGUGGUGGAUUACGCAGACAUGGAUCAGUUACAUCUUUGCAAUCAACAGGCUCAAAUGGUCGCACUUCAAGGAGGCUGACGGAGAAAAUAGCUGAGCUGGAGACCUACAGCGAGCUGCUGUCCAAGCAGGGCCUGCAGCUCCAGAAGUACUUUGACACCUGCAUCUCCAUGUACCCACAGAUUGACGAUGGAGAUACUAUUGAUGCUGCCAAACUUGCUGAUGGCGCGGACGUGAAGCAGCAGUUGCAGGAGGUGCGUGCGACGAGCGCGUCGUUCAAAGCGACGUGCGGCGCCAGCGUCGCGGCACUGCAGCACGCACUAGAGCUACUGAAACGCCGCGACAGGCAGGCGCGGAAGGCGGAGGAGCUCUAUAUGGCCCUGAAGAAUCAGCUUACUGAAGUAAGACUCGCUUCAAAACCUGGACCGGAUCACGAGGAAGGGCCGCACUCCACGCUACCCGACGACGAGUUCUACGAUGCGGUGGAGACGGGCUUCGACAAGAUGGAGGAGGAGCGGUGUGCUCGCGUGCCGGCGACGCGGGACGAGUUGGGCGACACUCGUGAUCAGGUCGAGCUGCCGCCCCCGGCUAUCGACAACCGUCUCACUGCACACAACCUAUGGACUGAGAUCGACAGGAUAUCUACGGAGCAGAUGGCUGCGGCGUUCGAGGGUGUGGGGGGACAGAUCGGCUGGCAGCUGUUCGCCGAGGAGGGAGACAUGAGGAUGUACAGGAGGGAGAUGGAAGUGGACGGUAUGGUGAUGGAUCCGCUGAAGGCGAUGCACAAGGUGCGCGGCGUGUCGGCGCGCGAGAUGUGCCACUACUUCUACAACCCCCGAUACAGAUACGAGUGGGAGACGACUCUAGAAACGAUGACGAUAGUGGAGCAGAUAUCGGCGGACGCGCUAGUCUGCCACCAGACGUUCAAGCGCAUCUGGCCGGCGUCGCAGCGGGACGCGCUGUUCUGGUCGCACGUGCGCUCCGCGCCCGACAACGUGUACGCCGUCACCAACCACUCCACUACUGAUGACACGUUCCCGGCGAACACUGGCGCGUGCAUACGUCUGUUCGUGACUGUGUGCCUGGCGUGCCGCACGGAGUGGCCGGCGGGCGAGCGGCCCUCGCGAGACAACAUCACCACCAGCAUCGCCUACUGCAGCACAGUGAACCCCGGUGGCUGGGCGCCGGCUGGUGUGCUGCGCGCGGUGUACAAGCGCGAAUACCCCAAGUUCCUGAAGCGGUUCACCGGCUACGUGGUCGACCAGUGCCGCGACAAACAGCUGGUUAUGUAGCGAUCGCGAGCACGGAGCGUACACUGAGACGCACGUAACGCACGCUCGAGCGUACGUGUACGUUAAGACGUAUAAACGCACGCCUGUGCGUAUACGCACGUUAAGACGUCCGCUUGAGCGUACAUGCACGCUAGAGUCUACAAGCAUGUGGUAAAGUACGCUCGUACGUGCGCGCACGUUGACACGCACGCUCGAGCGUACUAGCAUAUUAUUAUAAUGUACGCUAAUACGUGCGCGCACGUUUACACGCAAGCACGAGCGUACACGGAGAUGACGUCACAUGACGCUCAUUUGCGCAGACGUGCGCUAGUCUAGUCCAUUCUACAUUUAUGUAUAUUUUACAUUGAAAGAAAAAUGCUCGCAGAUACAAAGUAAUAGUUUUAACCGAAGCCUCUUUCUAUCAAUAUAAACGUGGUUGUACUUUUGGAAUGGAUUAAAUGGGCAGUAAUCAAUUUCGUCGAAACAAUUUUUCCAAAGGGCAGAUUUUUAUAUUGGGAAUAACUAUCCUAGUAUGGAUUAUAAUUUACUCCUGGCGUGUAAAAUGUGCCCUGAAAUCUAGAUACAGCACUUUAUUUUUGAGAUAACUGUACAAUAUGAACAGUCCUCAUAAGUUGCUCGAAGAUGUCUCGAGUAAUAUUAUUCAUAUAGAUAUUCGUAGCCAAGUCCUAAAGUUCUUCAGACCGGAAAUUAUGCUACGCAUUAAAGAUUUUCAAGAACAAAAUAAGGGUGCGUCCACAUUUGUAUCAUUUGCGCGAU